CAGAUUUUUCGACAUAUUUGGAGUAUAGAUUAAUUACAUUAUUAUUGUGGAUAUCAUUGUGAAAUAUGGAUAGCACAGCGGGAAUAGUACGUGCUAUUUAUUCUGGAUUUGUGGACAGCCUAAGGGGAGCCAUUGUUCUAUUUUAUAUGGAUAAACAUAUAAAUGAAAGAUUAUACAAUCAAUCUCCUUCUCGAACAGACAUUCAUGGAAAAGAUAAUGUAGCUAUACACAAUCCUCAAAGACAUCACAAUCGAUUACGAGAGUCAAAAGUGUUGAAAAGAACAAUUCAGUGUUGCACAUUAAAUGGUGGUGUAUUCUGGUUAAGUAUAUUGAUCUUCGAAUGUGGCCUCCUUCCAUUUCUGAAGUACUUAUUGACUAUUAUAUUUGGUCACUCGCCGGGUAUGGGUAUGACUGUAUGGUCCUGGACAAAGCCAUUUUUGUCACUAACAUUUGGCACUGUAUGGAUACUACCAUUGUUUUUACUCAGUAGGGUAGUCAACAGUUUAUGGUUCCAGGACAUUGCGGAUAGUGCUUAUAGGUAUAGGCAAGGGAGGCCACUACUUUUGUCCAGUGUGAGUAAGCUGGUAGCAGACACGCUUUUUAACAUAUUGGUUCAAGCAUUAUUUUUGGGCCAAGGAAUGUUGGUAUCCAGGAUACCGUUACCUCUUAUAGGUGACAUCUUUGCUCUUAUACAUAUGUGCCUCUUAUAUGCUCUCUAUGCUUUUGAAUAUAAGUGGUUCAAUAUGGGUUGGGAGUUGCAUAGACGAUUAAGUUUUAUCGAAAGUAAUUGGCCAUAUUUUGUGGGCUUUGGUCUGCCAUUAGCAAUACUUACUCAACUGCCUAAUUCGUAUAUAAUAAGUGGCUGUGUUUUUUCUAUAUUAUUCCCGCUAUUUAUUAUAAGUGGAAACGAAGCGGAACCUGUGACUGGUGUUUGUAAUCAUCCACUAAAAUUGUUUUCACCUGUAAUUGCUAUUGCAAAUACACUUUUCAAUAAAACACUUGGACCAGCAAAUAGGCGGUGACAAUGAAAAACAUAAACUGCAAACUCAUUAGGAAUAAUAAGUAUGUAGUAAUAAACUAUUUUUCAGGUGUUUACAUAUUUUUUUAUCUUUUAUUAGACGUAUAUUUAGUUGACUAUCUUAUAUAACAAAGUUAUCAGGAAUGUAACUAUUAUUUUGUAUGCAAAUACAAAGCAUAAGGCAUAAUUUAUAUAGCAUUAUUGUUGCGUGUAAAUACAGUUACACUCGCAAAAUGUGAAUGUAAAUACAAGGUAGGAAAUUACUAUACUGACAAAGAUGUCACUCAAGAUAUAUACUAAGACAUAAAAAGUCUAUGAAUUUGUUAACAUUUAUGAAAUAAGUAUACAUGUUCCUUGCUGUAUUAUACUAAAUCAAAAUUCAAAAUUUUAUACAUUUUUAUCAAUUAUUAAAUUGUGCAGAAUCAAUAUGCAUGUGUAUAUAUACAAAUUAAAACUACUGUUGCAUAGACGUUUGCACAAUUUUGACCAGAAACUUAUUCAAUGAGUUAAAAUUACAUACUUUUCAUCAUGAUAGUUGAUAAAAUAUGUAUUUAUAUAUUUAAAUAUUUAAAUAUAUAACAUGUUUUUUUUUUUAAACCAAAUAUUUCCUAAGUUGGAUUGGAAUGUUUUACUUUAUAUAAUACUCAUAAAUUUACAGUGAUUGUAAAUACAUAGAUGAUAUUACAGUAAUUUGUUUCUGUGCUGUAUGUAAUAUUAAAAUGAAUAUAAUGACAAGAAAGAAGUCCAGCCAUUUGUCUUACUGUAUGAAGACACAUAUACAGUAAUACACAAUAGAUGCAAAACAAGAUCGCGAGGAAACAUAUCGUUUUAAUGCAUGUAUAUUUUAUAUGUAUUUACUGAACUUGAUGAUUGUACUUGAAAAUUAUGUUGUGAGAAAGAAUUUAUUGUCACAUUUUAUAAUUUUAAAGCGUCAAAUUUCAUUUUACCGCAACUAGUCAGUUUAAGACUUUUGAAUUGUAACCUUGUGAUGACAAUGUUUAUUAGAAAAGAUUUAUAAUUAACAAAUUAUAAAUCAUUUAAUUAUAUUAUUCACAAAAUAUUUUAUAAAAUAACAAAUACGAAUCACGUACGAUUAGAUUAAACUUAUUUUUAAACAAACUUUGUUUAAAAUGUAUGUGUUUUGUGAUAAUAUAACACAAUAACAUUUAUAAUAUGCCAAUUACGUAUGUAUUUAUAAGAUUAUGUCCUGGGAAUAAUUAUUAUUUUACUGA